AUUGCUGGCUGCCAGAGGAAUCAUGGCAGAGGAGAAGGACCAGACAGUGUCCUGGGAGCACCUGCCACUACCUGAUGAUUAUCCCGAACCACAUAUGGAGGACGGAUCUGUGCUGAAUGGAGGGGUAGAGGGGGAUGCGUCUGGUACAACAGAGGAAAGCACCAAAGAUCAGGGAGCAAAAUGCAGCCCGAACCUGCUGCAGAUGCUAAAAGCAGCAGAGAGCAGGUGCACUCCUCAGGGUCGGGACAGAGACGAGGCAGAGGCUUCUGGGACAGGAGAGCUGGUUACUGAAGCUCUGAAGACCGACAUGCAAAUACAGUUCACCGACCAGAAGCAGGAAUUCAACAAACGUCCUACCAAGACAGGUCGUCGCUCUCUGUCUCGGUCCAUCUCACAGUCGUCGACAGAUAGCUACAGUUCAGUGUGCAGUGACAGCUCUGAGGAUGAGUCUUCUCCUAAAGACAAGCUUCAGAAGACCUCCAAGGGCCUCUCUGACUUCUGCAUCAAAAACAUCAAGCAGGCUGAUUUUGGGCGCAGGGAAAUAGAAAUGGCACAGCAAGAAAUGCCAGCACUGAUGGUCCUGAGGAAACGAGCUAGUGGGGAGAAACCUCUGGCUGGAGCCAAAGUGGUGGGCUGUACCCACAUCACUGCACAGACAGCGGUGUUGAUUGAGACUCUGUGUGUGUUGGGGGCUCAGUGUCGCUGGGCAGCAUGUAACAUCUUCUCCACUCAGAAUGCUGUUGCUGCGGCUCUGGCUGAAGGAGGCAUCUCAGUGUUUGCGUGGAGAGGAGAAUCGGAGGACGACUUCUGGUGGUGCAUUGACCGAUGUGUUGGUGCUGAGAGCUGGCAGCCCAACAUGAUUCUGGAUGAUGGAGGUGACCUGACCCACUGGAUCUAUAAGAAGUACCCGAGCCUAUUCAAGAAGAUGAAAGGCAUCGUGGAGGAAAGUGUCACUGGCGUCUAUCGGUUGUACCAGCUGUCCAAGGCAGGCAGGCUGUGUGUCCCUGCCAUGAAUGUUAACGACUCGGUGACCAAGCAGAAAUUUGACAACCUCUACUGCUGCAAGGAGUCCAUACUGGACGGGUUGAAACGGACCACUGAUGUCAUGUUUGGAGGAAAGCAGGUGGUGGUGUGCGGAUAUGGUGAGGUCGGCAAAGGUUGCUGCGCUGCCUUGAAAGCGUUGGGUGCUGUUGUGUACGUCACAGAGGCGGAUCCCAUUUGUGCCCUUCAGGCCUGCAUGGACGGCUUCAGAGUGAUUAACCUGAGUGAGGUGGUCAGACAGGUGGAUGUGGUCAUCACCUGCACAGGCAAUAAAAACGUGGUGGGGAGGGAACAUAUGGACAGAAUGAAGAACGGCUGCAUACUGUGCAACAUGGGACACUCCAACACUGAGAUAGAUAUGGUGAGUCUGCGGACUGCAGACCUGAGGUGGGAGCGUGUGAGGCCUCAGGUGGACCAUGUUAUCUGGCCUGACGGCAAGAGAAUUGUCCUGCUGGCUGAGGGCCGUUUGCUGAAUCUGAGCUGCUCCACAGUGCCGUCAUUUGUCCUCUCCAUCACCGCUGCAACUCAGGCACUGGCUCUCAUAGAGCUGUACAACGCUCCGGAGGGACGAUACAAACAGGACGUCUACCUGCUGCCAAAGAAAAUGGAUGAAUAUGUGGCCAGUCUUCACCUGUCGACGUUUGAUGCUCACCUCACAGAGCUGAAUGAUGAUCAGGCCAAGUACCUGGGCAUCAGCAAACACGGUCCCUUCAAACCCAACUACUACAGGUAUUAACUUCUGGAUGUAGCGCUGAAGGACAGAAGCUCCUCAGAUGUGAUGUUGUGGAUUUUAUUUUGGAAAAACCUCUGACGCCCUCUACAGUCUGAAUAUCACUGAGACAGCAGAUGAUGACUCAUGUUCACUUCUUUGUCUGUGUAUGUGCGGUUGUACGUGUGGAAUGUAAUCACAGCUAUUUCUGAGUUGACUGAAAUAUGGAAAGAAAAACAAAGUGCUGAAUGUUUUAAUUUUUCACUCUUCUGCUUGAUAAAACAACACCAUUUAUUCCCUGGAGCAGCAAUCACGUGUAGACUACAAGUUGCAGCACAGUUCAUCUGCUGUCUCAUGCCCUUGAUUUAAAUCUAACAUUGCCACUUUUACUUAGUAACCUAAACUGAAGUCUACCAACAGCCCAUUGAAAAUUUGAACAGAUGUACUUCACAAUCAGAUAUUUGACGUAUAAAUCCCACAUAGUGAGCUGAUGACCUGCAGAGACAGUGCUGCUGCUGUUCUGAGGCACAGUUGAGGCAACAGUGGACCAUGAACAUAAAGUAAGGCUAGAACAUAUUGUCAUUGAAUUAACGCUCUAAAAGAUAAUUGUACUAGAGUCUCAAGAUAUAAUAAAAAGAACAGUUUUGCUCUUUU